UUUCGGUUUGAAUGUAGCAGGCGGGAGAUCACAGAUUUCCGGGUGAUUGUAUAGUGGAGUUUUUGUUGUUUUUUUAACAACUGUUAAUUGUUGGAAAUAUUUCAGUGUGUACUUCUCUGCAUGAAGAAAUACUUUUUAAGACUGCGAGGUUCGAAUAAAACCUGAAAGGAACAUCGUUACAGGAAAAUGAAUUACACCAGGGAAGAACAAACAAUGCGUGUUUUGCUGGGAGAAAUCAUAAACAAUGAAAUCCCUUGUUCUCCUGUGAAAACAUGGUCAAAAGCCAAGUUUAAAUCUCCAAACAUUGAAAAUCCUGGCCUAAAUAAAUUUAGAAAAUCUGAUGUCAGCAUCAAGUCUCCAGCAUUGGCUUUGAAAAAUAAAAUGAAGGAACAUGUCGAAAAGAGUGCUGUGAAGUUGCCUUUUACAGUUGCCAAAAGACGCAGCUCCAGGCUUAAAAAUGAAGAAUCAUCCCUGUCUGAUGCUACAGAAAAUCUUUCUUCCAGAUAUAUACUGAAACAGAUUAUUCGGACAGAGCCUGUGAGCGAGCCUUUGGUUAUAAAUCAACCAAAGAUGAGUAAACCACCAGCAUUAGCUGAUCCACCUCCGUAUGUUGAGAAAUCUGGGCUCAGUGAGAGUGAGCUCUCAAGUCUGGUAUCUCCAGAUUUGUCUACAGUGGAUGUUACAGCUGUUGUCCGGCGAAUGAAGCCAAAACGCCCUCUCAAAAGAAAGAGUGCCUCACAGUUUGAAAUAAAAAUGAAAGAUGCACUUCAACAAAGAGCAGAUUUGGAGACAAAGGGGCACAUUCCAGGAAGAUCUGUGAUGGACCAAACUGAAGAGUCAAUGAGUCUGGAUCUUCUAGAUUUAACUUCAGAAAAUAUUCCAGUUGCCACUAGAAGUAAUUUUAGAAGAAAGGUUAAGAAACAUCUUCCCAGAAUACAACUGGAAGAAAACAAAUCAGUGUUGAAUGCAGAAAACCCCAAAUCACAUGAUGAAUCAUCUGCUUUAACAAGUCAUCUGAGUAUGUCUUUGAAAACCCCGAACGUGGAGGAACCUAUCCAGAAGAGGGGAAUGAGACGCAAGGUGGGAGGUCGUAAAACAAUAGAUAUGAAGGCUUUUGAAGAAGGAGUAUUCAUAAAUUUGCAUCAAAGAAAAACCCCAGAUAUUGACAAACAUGACAUAAAUAAAAUUAAACCAAAUGACACUUCUGCAUUAGAGAAGUUUACACUGGGGAUCAGUGCAGUAAUGCCUCCUGAUCUAACUCAAGAUCUUCUGAAAACUACUCAGCUUUUUGAAGUACCAUCUUUCAUUUCUGCAGUUAAACCUACUCCCCAGAAGUCUCCUGUCAGUAUGUCUGUUCAAGUAGCUUCACUUCAAACUUUGGAGAUGAACAAUCCAGUACCAGAGAGAGAAGAGGUCAUCGAAAUGGAGAUUAAGAGACCUGAAAAAUUAGAUUCACAAGAAGAAAAAUACAUAAAAUAUGCAUCAGAGAACAGAUUACUUAGCUUGGGCAAGGGAGGGAAUGUAUUAAUGGAACAGAUAGAUGGAGGUGUUGAAGAGGAGGAUGGAGAAAUGAAUCAAGAGGAUGAAGAAUUGAUAGAAAAAGAGAAUAAAGAAGUUUCUUCUGUAAGCUUAGAAGAACAUUCAGAGGGUCUUUCUGAUGUUCUUAAUUCUGUCAAGGUUUUUGAAGAAAUAAAUCCAGGAGAUGAAGUAAUAUUAAAAAAUAAAAACAAAUUGAAUGAUCAAAUUGUAGCUCGGGAUAUUAGAAAGGUGACUGGGGAACUGGAGAUCAGAGUUCAAGAAGAUGAACUUGUGUCUGCUAAAGAGAUUAAUGAAAAAAUACUAAGCCUGGAAAGAGAAAAAGACAAGCUGCAGGAAGAAGUGGAGCCUGAAAUGGAAAAUAUUGAUGAGGUAGAACCACAAAGCAGAGAAGAUAAUGUGCAUGAGAUCCAAGAAAAUGCAGAAUGUGACCAUAUAAAUAAUGAAACCACUCACUUACAGCCCAGAGAGGUGCAACAAGCCAUACAGUAUGAAACGGAGUUCAAAGACAGUCAGCAAAAAGGAUCAGAAAGCCGUACUAACAGAAUGUCACGUAGCACCUCUGAGAGGUUUUCUGCAGCUGUGUUUCAAAGUUCCUCAGUCUCAUCUAGACUGGCCGAAGCCAUGUCCCCAGAUAUUCAUAAUAAAUCUCAGAGGUCAACUAUGCACUCUAAUGUUAGCUCUCCAGAUUUAAAAGACAACUCUGCAGCUUCGAGCAUGCUAAAUCAUCCCACCCUUUCAAGUUUUCAGAAAAGGACCAGAACAUCUAUGAGGAAAUCUGGAGCAUUAUCAGAAAUUAUGCAAGAUAAUGCAAAAUCUUCCUCCUUAUUACUUGAAUCGCAGCUUGAACCCGUACAAACUAGACUGAGCACUCCUUCGGUGCUGUAUAAACAUGUUUCUCCAAGUGUUCUUUCAAACAGUACUACAUCUAACAGACGAUCUAAGGGAGUUUCUCCAAGUAGCCAUGGCCAUUCUAGAACCUCUGACAUUUUGAAUACAAGUAUACAACUCUUGUCCCACAAUCAAAAACUAAAUGCAUCUGAAAAAGCCCAGUGUUUAAAACCAAAUGGUACCCCAGGAGGAAGUUUGGGUACUACUUUUGCAACGUCUUACAAGGAAAAUUAUGAAUUUGUACCAGAGGGUUCUCAGACUAAGAAUGUGCCAGCUAGUUAUUCUGAAGAUGAAGAUGAAUUUAGUGCUCAGGAUUCUGCAAUGUCUCUUCUGGAUGAUGGUGCCAAAACCAAAGAUUUAACUGUAUCUCUGACCCAAGGGUCCGCCCAAAAUGGAAAAUCCCCAGAAAUCCCUGUUGCAGCAGCAGUGGCCACAACUUCAAGAACCGAGUCGGAAAUUAACGAUGAGGAUGAAACAGAAAGUGAAGAGCUUUGCUUGAAAACACCUGCAUUUAUACGUGCAAGGAAAAGACCAUCGUCCCCUUCAUUCAGAGUGCCGCCUCUUUUCCUCAACAAAAACAUUAAAAGCAUUUCAAAGCCACUCAUGACAAAGAGUGCACAAUUUAAUAAUAAAAGAAAGAAAACCACAAAUGUUGAAAAACAAUAUGAGAUGCCAAAAAAUAUAGUGAUGUCAACUUUUACCCAUUUUGCCAGGAUGAAGGUGUCUAAAGAUGUCUACCCAACUUUGCAGACAUGUUUAGGAAAAUACUUUGACAGACUGGCUGACGACCUUGACAUGUAUGUACACCAUGCAAAAAGAAAGACUGUGGAAAUGGCAGACAUUGAGCUUCUAAUGAGGAGACAAGGAUUUGUGACUCAGAAGACACCUCUAAAUGUGUUAAUUGAACGACACCUUCCCUUGGAGUACAGAAAACUGCUGAUCCCUGUAGCUUCCAGUGGUAAUAAGGUUACUCCCAAUAUUUAAGCAAAACCCUUCAUUUUCAUAUUUGGUAGGCAGUAUAAUGUUGUACAGUGUGUUUAUAAUGUUGUAUAAUUUGUUUAAUUAUUUUGCUAUUCUUUGUUUCACUUCAAACAGUGUUAAAUUAUUUCUUGAGCAUAUAAGUUUUUACG